UAGCACUUUGGCUCGUACAUGGCGUACUCGUACUAUGCCCCUUAAAGAAGCCACAGAGAAUAGGGAGCCGUGUAUCGGACGAAGGGCGGGGCCCGGUGUGUUGGGUAGGGUGGAGGGCGGGGCAGAGACUGACGACGCGGCAGACGGGGCCGCAAGUACUACGGGCGGGAGACACAGGUGGCAGGAAGUCUACCAGCACGGUGGGCGGGACCUGCUGCUUGGUGAGGGUGAAAAGUGGUCAGCGCUUCGGGUUCUAGAGGGUGAAGGGCUAGGGGUGGUCCGUAGGGGCUGGAGGGGCGGAGCCUGGGGCGUGGGGGCGGGGUCUACCUGUGAAGGGCGCGCGGCGGAGGCGGGGCCUGUUCGUGAAGGGCGGUGCGCCGGCGCCAGGCUCCUCGAGCGUGGCGGGCGGGGCCUGGAGCGUGAGGGCGCGCGGCAGGCGGGGCGGGGCGCGGCGGGAGGCGCGGUCCCUUUAAGGCUUGGCCUACGUGGCAGCCGCUAGAGCAGCCGCGGCUCAGCGAGGCCGGCCGCCCGGUACUUCCUGUGGAGGCCGCAGUAGGCGCGAGCGCCCAGGACCUGCCAGCUGAGCCUUCCGCCGCCGCCAUGGGACAGAACGACCUGAUGGGCACGGCCGAGGACUUCGCCGACCAGUUCCUUCGAGUCACCAAGCAGUACCUGCCUCAUGUGGCGCGCCUCUGCCUGAUCAGCACCUUCCUGGAGGAUGGCAUCCGCAUGUGGUUCCAGUGGAGUGAGCAGCGUGACUAUAUCGACACCACCUGGAGCUGUGGCUACCUGUUGGCCUCAUCCUUUGUGUUCCUCAACCUGCUGGGACAGUUGACUGGCUGUGUUUUGGUGCUGAGCAGGAACUUCGUGCAGUAUGCCUGCUUUGGGCUGUUUGGAAUCAUCGCACUGCAGACAAUUGCCUAUAGCAUUUUGUGGGACUUGAAGUUUCUCAUGAGGAACCUGGCUUUAGGAGGAGGUUUGCUGCUGCUCUUGGCAGAAUCCCGCUCAGAAGGGAAGAGCAUGUUUGCUGGUGUCCCAACCAUGCGUGAGAGCUCCCCCAAGCAGUACAUGCAGCUUGGAGGAAGGGUCCUGCUGGUCCUGAUGUUCAUGACCCUCCUUCACUUAGAUACCAGCUUCUUUUCUAUCAUCCAGAACAUUGUGGGCACAGCUCUGAUGAUCUUAGUAGCCAUUGGUUUUAAAACCAAGCUAGCAGCUUUGACUCUCGUCGUCUGGCUGUUUGCCAUCAACGUGUAUUUCAACGCCUUCUGGACAAUCCCGGUAUAUAAACCCAUGCAUGACUUCCUGAAAUACGACUUCUUCCAGACCAUGUCAGUGAUUGGAGGCCUGCUCCUUGUGGUGGCUCUUGGCCCAGGGGGUGUCUCCAUGGAUGAGAAGAAGAAAGAGUGGUAACAUACAGAUCCCUCCCCUCCCGGCUGAGGCACAAGGCCCUGGACUGGUUCAGGGCAGAGUCAACAAGCUGCCAGCGUUUAUGUGUCCUUUCCCCUUCCCCUCCCUUGGUAAAGGCACAGAUGUUUUGAGAACUUUAUUUGCAGACACCUGAAAAUUGGAGAUAAAAUCUUUGGAAAUAGUCUGGAGUCUGACUGUCCAGGGCUGGCGAGCUGGAUGGUCACUCCUUAGCCAAGGCUUGGAGGAGACAGCGUGCUGGGCUGUGGCCUCAUUCCUCCUGUCUCUGAGUUCCUUUUGGGGAAGUCGUUCAAAGCAGUUUCCCUUCUUAGUUUUGAGUUUACAUCCUUAGCUCAAACUACUAAAUGACUUAGGAUAGUCCAGCCAAACACCAAACGGUUAAACCUCCAGUUCAGAAUUCUACCAGUGGCCCCAGCAUUGCUUCUGCCCCUGUAUUUUAUAGGAUCAUUGAAGAUGUUAGAGAAACCAAGUCAAGAGAACAGUACAGUAUUGGAAAGGUGGGUGUUACUGCUGGCCCAAGUCCUUGAUGUUAGCUAGCUGGAUGCUGUUUACUGGGUGAAAGGUACCUUGGGAGUUUUCCUGGCUCCAAGCAGGGAUGGGAUGGGGUAAGCAGCAGGAAGUUCUUAGAAAGCUGCUACCCCUCAAGCUUGGUGGUGGAAAGGGCAGGAGAGCAGGCUGCUCACAGGAUGGUCCACACAACCACCAUGGAACCAGCCUGGGGAACAGCGAUGCCAUGGGGCCCAGAAGUGAGGAGUCCCAGUACUCAAGACACCCAGGCUCAACCCAGUUACCUCACACUUGACCUUCUCAGAGCAAGGCCUGAACUUCACAGGUUGUGGUCCCCCAACCCCCAGCUUAACUCCCUGUUCCAGGCUGAGCCAACCCCAUCAACAGCCCUGAUACCACCAUUCCCCUGAGGCUGUUGCUUGCUCAGAUUUUUGUCAACUUGCUCUGCUGUAUGCAGCCAAGAUACUUUUUACAAUUUGUGAUGCCUUACCAAUUUGAUCUCAGUCCUGUAUUUAAAGUUUUCUAACAUUGCCUUACA